CAAAUUUAUAAUUUACGGACCAAUUCAUUACAUUUUUCUAUUAAAUAUAAUUAUAAUAUACCUACAUCCGGAAAUAUUUAGAGGUUACAGCUCAUGCAUAUCAACUGCUAUAAAUGUACCUAUCAAUAUGUUAUACUACUCAUGGCUGUUAUUCAACUCUUUUAUUUCAACUGUUACACAGUUAAAACUUAUGAUACACUCUAUUAUUGUUCAAAUAAAAUAUUACUGCAAACAUAAAAAAAUGAAAGUGUUCGUACUUCUUGGAUUUCUCUCACUUUCUCAAUCAAAAAAUAUUUUUAUGCCAAACUUGCCCGUGGGAGAAUAUCGUGUGGUGUUUGAGAAAGUAUAUCCUUGUGGAUCAACAAAAAACCAUACAAUUCAAUUAAAUAUUUUUAUUCGUAAAACGUCAUCAAGUACAAAAGAAUACAAAGGGAAUUUAACAUUUUUGAUACCUUUUGACGAUACUCUAACACUUGAUUUAAAUCUAGCGACUUGGGGUUCAACUGGUGGUUGGAUACCAAAUUCAAAUACUUUAAUAACAAAAAACGCAUGUAGCGUUAUGAAAAAUUUCGGAGGAAACGCAUGGUUUACAUUUACAAAGGGUUUUAACAUUCCAACAGAUAAAUGUCCACUACCAAUGGGAACAUAUAUUACAUCAGGGAUUGACUUGAAGAAAUUUGAAGACCAUAACUUUCCGAAAGUUUAUUUUUAUGGAAAAUAUAAACUGGUGUAUAAAGCUAUUAAUGUAAAAAAUAUAAUAGUGGGCUGUGAGGUUGUGGAGUUUAAUCUUAUACGACCUUGGGAAACACCAAUUUGAUUAAAUUACACAAAAUAAUAGUAUACCUACUAUGUUGUUGACUUUUUGUUAAACAGUAAACAUAUCAUCUUUUUUCUUAACCAAUCAAAUAAACUAAACUAACUAAUAAAUAUGACAACAUAUAAAUAAUUAAUAUAAAUAUACAUUAUCACAUGGAAGACGAGACAAACCUAUUGGUAGCACAGCAGUAUAUUAUAAUAGUUUUAUUAUUGUUACUAUUAAUUAAUUCAAUUUGGGAAAUACCUAAGAAGAUUUUUGUGAUUUGUAAGUUUGUUGUGAAAACGGUUAUAUUAUUGGUGUGGUAGAUUUUUGAGUGUGGAUUAAUAUGUAGAUUAUUGUGUAUAUUUAAAUUGAAGACAUACAACACGGACAUGGGCAUCCAGUAAUUAGUGGCUGACUAAUUGCCUAAAAUACUUCCUGCAGUGGGUGAAUGUUCGAUGGUUUUGCUUGGAUGCCAUAUAACCAAAUAUGAGCUAUAGUAAUAGCUUUAUAGGUAACUCUUAAGGAUUGGGCAGAGAAGGUAAAAGCGUGAGUUUAAUUAUUUUCUUUUAGUGUUUAUAUGAUCUUUCCAGAUGAAUCUCUUAUUGUUUAAAAUUAGUGGAGGGCAUUCUUUUCGAUUUAAGGUGAAGUUGACUUAAGUAGAUUUUGCGUAACUUAUUUUGAUUUUCCAUUUCUCGAUUAAUUUAAUAUAUAUUGUAUUUUUGUAGAAUGAUAUAAUAAAGAAUCUUAACUAUAAUUGUACGCAUAUGAGUAGGGGAGAGUGUUGUACCUUGGACCGCAUGUCUUAUGCUUAUUUCUGCCUUUGUAAUUGGUAAAGAAUUAAUUCAUGGAUGGAAUUAUAGGCACUAGUUCUACGACAUUGAAAUAUAUCCCCAGUUUGAACAGUAAAAUCACUAAUGAAUUUAUAAUAAAACAAAAAUAAAUAAGCCUAUCAAAAUAAUAAAUUUUGGUUUUUUUAAAUUGUAUUUUCAACAUAUAAAUUUGUGAUAGAAGUUCUUUGGGUUAGUGCCAUUUUACGUUAAAUAUUGAAUAGAAUUUAAUGGUGUAGUCAAUUAAGACAAAAAAUUACCUAUUAUUAAGGACCAAAAAAUUACAUUCUUUCCAAAUUUGUAUGCAUGUACCUUGGACCAAAUCGUGAAUUUUAAGGUUUAAAAAAUUUAACAAUAUUUUUUAUCAUCUACCUA